CAGUCGGAAGAGCUCCCUGAUCGCCCACCAGCGCAUCCACACCACCGAGUUGCCAUUCGCCUGCACCGACUGCAGCAAAGGCUUCAGCCAGAAGGACGCCCUGAUCAGCCACCAGCGCAUCCACAUGGGUGAGCUGCCCUUUGCCUGUGCUGACUGUGGCAAAGCCUUCAGCAGAAGGGGUUCCCUGAACAGACACCAGCGCAUCCACACCGGCGAGCGCCCGUUCGCCUGUGCCGACUGCGGCAAGAGCUUCAACAUGAAGAGCACCCUGAUCAGCCACCAGCGCAUCCACACGGGUGAGCGCCCCUUCCUCUGCAUGGAGUGCGGCAAGAGCUUCAGAGAGAAGGGUGCUCUGAUCAAGCACCAGCCCUUCCACACCAGCCAGAAACCCUACAAGUGUGACGAGUGCAAAGGGACCUUCAGGACCCGGACUGCAUUGGCCAUCCACGAGCGGAGCCACACGGGCGAGCGCCCCUUCACCUGCACUGAAUGCGGCAAGAACUUCAUCCAGAAACAACACCUGGUCAAACACCAGCUCAUCCACACCGGCGAGCGCCCCUUUGCCUGUGUUGACUGUGGUUACAAAUUCAGCCAAAAGCAACACCUGCUCACUCACCAGCGCAUCCACACCAAGGAACGCCCCUUCAUCUGUGCUGACUGCAACAAGAGCUUCAGCCAGAAGGGGUCCCUUAUCAAACACCAGCGCAUCCACACGGGCGAACGCCCCUUCACUUGUCCCAACUGUGACCAGCGCUUCAGCCGGAAGAAGCAUCUGGUCAGUCACCAGCGCAUCCACACAGGUGAGCGACCCUUCACCUGCUCCGACUGCGGCAAGAGCUUCAGACGCAAGGGUGACCUUGUCAGCCACCAGCGCAUCCACACUGGUGAGCGUCCCUUUGCCUGCAACCACUGCAACCACUGCUUCAGCCAAAAGCAACACCUGGUCACUCACCAGCGCAUCCACACAGGUGAACGACCCUUCAUCUGCACUGACUGUGGGAGGAGCUUCAGAGAGAAGGGGGCUCUGAUCAAGCACCAGCGCAUCCACUCCACUGACCCCCUUCGCUGCUCCAACUGUGACAAGAACUUCAUCUGGAAGUGUGACCUGACGAAUCACCGGUGUGUACACCACUGCUGAACCCCCUCCAUGUUCCCUGAGUGCAAGAAGAGCUUUAGGAACCAGACUGCACUGGCCAUCCAUGAACAGAGCCACACGGGUGAGUGGCCCUUCACCUGCUCCAGGUGUAGCAAGAGCUUCCUCCAGAAGGACUCUCUGAUCAACCACCAGCGCAUCCACACAGAUGAGUGCCCCUUUGCCUUUGUUGACUGUGGGAAGAGCUUUAGCAACACCAUCUCCCUUCUCAAGUGUAAGUGAAUCCACAGUGGUGAGAAGCCCUUUUCCUGUGUCAACUGCAGCAAGAGCUUCAGCCAGAAGGGUGCCCUGAUCAAGCACCAGAGCAUCCACACCGGCGAGAAACCCUACAAGUGUGAUGAUUGCAGCGAGGCCUACAGCCAGAAGUCUGAUCUGAAGAAACACCAGUGGUUGCACCAGGGCCCACAGGGUGACUGCCUUGGCAGCCCGGUGGCUUCUGAAGCUGAUGCUGAGGGUCCCACGUGGACAGAUGCUGCUUUCUUUUUCCUAUUUGAGACUAAAUCUAAAGCUUCUUGGAGCACCCCAUCACAGAAGGUGACACGGCUGACAGUGCAGCUGAAGGGCCUCUGCGCCGAUGCACACGGCACAGGCAGCAGACAGGAGGAGCUGGAAGGCGUUGUGCAGCAGGAGAGCUAUGACUAUAGUGCCAUCACGGAGACGUGGUGGGGUGAUCUCCACGGGCCAGAGGGCUGCAACGAUGCCUACAAACUCUUCAUCAGAGACGGCAGGGAGGAAGAGGUGCUGGGAUUGUUCCCCACAGCCACCCCUGCAGCAGAGCCCCCCAGUGCCCUGCAGGACCCUCAGCAGCAGUUUCGGGGGACACAGGAGUGGUGGUGGCAGCAGACGGAGGGUGCUGUGGAUGCGCUGGGAUCAAUGCACCCGCUGGUGUCUCUUCAGGUCAAAUUUCUGCCUGAAAGUCUUGUUGCACACCUCACAGUUGUGCGGCUUCUCACCACUGUGGAUGCGUUGGUGGGCUAUGAGCGCGCUAUUCUCUCUGAAGCUCUUGUUGCACUCGGUGCAGGUGAACGGGCGCUCACCUGUGUGGAUGCGGUGGUGUCUGAUGAGGUUGUUCUUCUGGGUGAAGCUCUUGCCACACUCCAUGCAGAUGAAGGGGCGCUCACCAGUGUGGAUGCGCUGGUGUUUGGUCCGGUUGCUCUUGUCUUUGAAGCUCUGCCACAGCUGGUACAGGAGAAGGGACGCUCAUUUGUGUGGAUGCGCUGGUGCUUGGUCAGGUGUUGCUUCCAGCUGAAGCUCUUGCCACACUCCAUGCAGAUGAAGGGGCGCUCCACCAGUGUGGGUGUGCUGGUGGAUGAUCAGGAGUUGCUUCAGUCGGAAGCUCUUUCCACAGUCAGCACAGUGAAAUGGGCGCUCGCCUGUGUGGAUGCGCUGGUGUCUGAUGAGGUCGAUCUUCCAGCUGAAGCUCUUACUGCAGUCGGUGCAGGAGAGGGUGGUUCUCUCUGUGCCCCGGACACACUGGGCCGCUGUCAAGCCCGAGAUCAUCCGCAAUCUGGAGUGAGGAGAAACGCCGAGUGCGUGCCAGACAUCCCCCCCAGUGUGUGGUGGAGGCACCAGAGCCCUGUGCCAGGUGGGUCCCAGGGGCCCGUGGGAGGGAUGCUGGAUUCCAGCAGCAGGGUUUUGGGGGGCUCAUCCUCUAGCGAGCUGAGCAGGAGCCAGGAGGGUCCUGCAGGGCACCCUCACUUUCACCCCAUACCGGCUCUCCAGCCACUGGAGAAGAGCCCUCCAACCUGCCCCAAGGGCUACAAGAGCUUCAGGAGCCCGAGUGUGCUCAUCAUCCAUGAGCGGAGCCACACGGGCGAGUGCCCCUUCACCUGCACCGACUGCGGCAAGAGCUUCAGCCAGAAGAGCUCCCUGAUCAGGCACCAGCGCAUCCACACGGGUGAGCGCCCCUUCACCUGUGCUGACUGCGGCAAGAGCUUCAGCCAGAAGAGCAGCCUGAGCAAGCACCAGCCCGUCCACACUGGCGAGCGCCCCUUUGCCUGCAGCCACUGUAACCACUGCUUCAGCCAGAAGCAACACCUGGUCACCCACCAACGCAUCCACACUGGAGAGCGUGCCUUUGCCUGCACCAGCUGUGGCGAGACCUUCACCCAGAAGAGCUCUCUCAUCAAGCACCAGCGCAUCCACACCAGUGCAUCCGGCUUUGCCUGUGCCGAGUGCAGCAAGAGCUUCAGCCACAAGGGCAACCUCCUCAGACACCAGCACAUCCACACAGGCAACCGCCCCUUCGCCUGUGCUGACUGCAACAAGAGCUUCAGUGAGAAGGGCGCCCUGAUCAGACACCAGCACAUCCACAGCAGAGAGCGCCCCUUUGCCUGCACUGACUGCAACAAGAGCUUCAGAGAGAAGGGCAACCUCAUCAGACACCAGCACACCCACAGGAGUGAGCGCCCCUUUGCCUGUACCGACUGCAACAAGAGCUUCAGCUGGAAGGGUGCCCUGACCAGCCACCAGCGCAUCCACACUGCGGAGCUUCCCUUUCCCUGCACCAUCUGUGGCAAGAGCUUCAGCUGGAAGCGUGCCCUGACCAUUCACCAAUGCGUCCACACCAGUGAGCACCUCUUUGCCUGUGGCCACUGUGACCUCCGCUUCAGAUGGAAGAAAUCCCUUGUCACCUACCAGUGCAUCCAGGUGGGGACUGGCGUAUCUCCACAGGGUUCAGGUGGAGCAAAGGCGGGUCGCAAGGAGGAACCAGGUGUAUUAGCUUUUACGGUGGCAUCCAGCAGCAGGAUGGGUUUUAUCCCAUGGAACCUUACCGAGCAGGUCCCUGAAAAGGCCAAAGUCUGCUCUCCUGAACACCAGGGUAGUAUUGCCCAAAUCCCAUACCUGGUCCACCAGCUGAUGGGCCGUCUCUCCCCCAGCAGCCAUCGGUGCCCCGAGAGCAGCAAGAGCUUCAGGACCCAGACUGUGCCGGGCAACCACAAGCGGAGACACGCGGGUGGGCGCCAGUACACCUGCAGUGACUGUGGCAAGAGCUUCAGGCAGAAGGUGCACCUCAUCAACCACCAGCACAUCCACACGGGCGAAGGUCCCUUCACCUGCAGUGACUGUGGCAAGAGCUUCAGCUACAAGGGCUCUCUGAUCACCCACCAGCAAAUCCACACUGGUGAGCACCCCUUCAGCUGCACCAAUUGCUGCAAGAGCUUCUGCGAGAAGUGCUCCGUGGUCAUCCAUCACUGCAUCCACACUGGUGAGCGUCCCUUUGCCUGCACUGAUUGCAGAAAGAAUUUUAGAUUGAAGUUCUUCCCGAUCAAUCACCAACGCAUCCACACUGGUGAGCGCCCCUUCACCUGCACGGAGUGCAACAAGAGCUUCAGGCAGAAGAGCUCUCUGAGCAGACACCAGCGAGUGGCCUUUCACCUGCACGGAGUGUGUGUGGAUGCGCUGGUGCUUGAUCAGGGCACCCUUCUGGAUGAAGCUCUUGCUGCAGUUGGCGCAGGCAAAGGGGCACUCGCUGGUGUGGAUGCGGUGAUGUCUGAUGAGACUGCAUUUGUAAUAGAAGCUCUUGCCACACUCCAUACGGGCGAAGAGCUUCUCGUUGUCAGCACAGUUAAAUGGGCGCUCACCCAUGUGGAUGUGCUGAUGGGCGAUCAGGUUGUCCUGCAGGCGGAAGCUCGUGCCGCAGUCAGUGCAGCUGAACGGACGCUCGCCUAUGUGGAUCUGCUGGGGGACCGGGUCAAGAUGAGGAGCCGCCGCUGCCAGCCCGCCAGCUCUGCCCACUCCUGGCGGGAGAAGCAGACGGCCACCUCCUCGAACGGCCCCGCCAUCCGCAGCCCGAAGCACGGCCGGAGCCCUCCCCUCCCUUCUCGCCGCCCCCUCCGCCCGCAGCUCCGCCGCCGACGAGAACGGACGCGACGAACCGUUUCCGUGGCGGAAUUGGCGUCUCCCGUUGGGCUCCGCCUCCCCGCGGGGCGCUGGGACCCCGCAGCCCGGGCUCCAGCCGGGCACAGCCCCUCCUCCGGGCUGGCAGCGGCGGCUCUACCGGCGGGUGAUGCUGGACACCCCCGAGACGCUCGCCUCGCGGGGGGAGAUGCUGGCGCUGGGGGGGCCGGGGCCGGCGCUGCCAUCCCCGCAGGGCGGCAGAGGCUGCUGCUCGCUGUGCCCCGGACGGGGGGGACGGUCCUCGAGCUGGAGCGAGGAGAGACGCCGUGCGAGCCAGACCCCCCCGGGGCACCGCGGGGGCACCGCAGCCCUGUGCCGGGCGGGUCCCGGGGCUCCGCUGGAGGGGGUUCCAGCAGCGGGGGUUUGGGGGGCUCAUCCCGCAGCCGGCUGAGCAGGAGACCGGAGCGCCCAGAAGGGCAUCCUCACCCUCAUCUUGGCCAGGCCCCCCAGCCGCUGGAGAAGACCCCAGCCACCCACAGCGAGAGCAGCGAGAGCUUCAGGAGCCCGAGUGCUAUGGCCAUCCACGACCGGAGCCCCCCGGGUGAGCGCCCCUUCUCCUGCACCGCCUGCGGCAAGAGCUUCACCCGUAAGGGCUCCCUGAUCACCCACCAGCGCAUCCACACUGGUGAGCGCCCCUUUGCCUGCAGCCACUGUAACCACCGCUUCAGCCGCAAGCAACACCUGGUCACCCACCAGCGCAUCCACACCGGCGAGCACCCCUUCACGUGCGUCGAGUGCGGAGACACCUUUAGCCAGAAGGGCAACCUGACCAAACACCAGCGCGUCCACACGGGCGAGCGUCCCUUUGCCUGCACCGACUGUGGGAAGAGCUUCAGUCGGAAGAGCUCCCUGAUCGCCCACCAGCGCAUCCACACCACCGAGUUCCCAUUCGCCUGCACCGACUGCAGCAAAGGCUUCAGCCAGAAGGACGCCCUGAUCAGCCACCAGCGCAUCCACAUGGGUGAGCUGCCCUUUGCCUGUGCUGACUGUGGCAAAGCCUUCAGCCAGAAGGGUGCCCUGAACAGACACCAGCGCAUCCACACCGGCGAGCGCCCGUUCGCCUGUGCCGACUGCGGCAAGAGCUUCAACAUGAAGAGCACCCUGAUCAGCCACCAGCGCAUCCACACGGGUGAGCGCCCCUUCCUCUGCAUGGAGUGCGGCAAGAGCUUCAGAGAGAAGGGUGCUCUGAUCAAGCACCAGCCCUUCCACACCAGCCAGAAACCCUACAAGUGUGACGAGUGUGGCAAGACCUACAAGUGGAAGUAUGACCUGAAGAAACACCGGAGGGUGCAUCAGGGCCUGGAGGUGAUGCCGGAGGGUGACCAACGGGAGGAGGAGUGUUUGUCCCUGGCAGGGGAGCAGACAGAGGCCAAGUCCUUCCAGUGCAGCGGCUGCAAGAAGCACUUUAAGGAAGAGGGAGCUGUGCUGGCUCACCAGUGCACCCCCAGCACCCACAGCCUGCGGCUUCCUCUGCAACGCGGUUUGGGCCUUGAUGACAAUUGGUCUUGGCAUACCACAUUUCUAGGGCUUCUCGCUAGUGUGGAGACGCUGGUGAGUGACCAAGGAUUUCUUCCAUCUGAAGCGGAGGUCACAGUGGCCACAGGCAAAGGGGCGCUCGCCGGUGUGGAUACGCUGGUGAAUGGUCAGGUCGCCCUUCUGGCUGAAGCUCUUGCCACAGGUGGUGCAGGCAAAGGGACGCUCACCGGUGUGGAUGCGCUGGUGCCUGGUCAGGUAGCUCUUCUGGCUGAAGCUCUUACUGCAGUCAGCGCAGGCAAAGGGACGUUCACCGGUGUGGCUGCGCUGAUGAACGGUCAGGGCGCGCUUCCAGCUGAAGCUCUUGCCACAGCUGGUGCAGGUGAAGGGCCGCUCACCGGUGUGGGUGCGCCGGUGGCUGAUCAGGGCACCCUUCCAGCUGAAGCUCUUGCUGCAGUCAGUGCAGGCAAAGGGGCGCUCGCCUGUAUGGAUGCGCUGGUGCUUGGUCAGGGAGUCCUUCCAGCUGAAGCUUUUGCCGCAAUCAGUGCAGGCAAAGGGGCGCUCGCUGGUGUGGAUUUGCUGGUGUCUGGUCAGGGCGCUCUUCUCUCUGAAGCUCUUGUUGCAGUCGGUACAGGCAAAGGGGCGCUCACUCUUGUGGGUGUGCUGGUGUCUGAUGAGGUUGCCCUUCUCUCUGAAGCUCUUGUUGCAGUCGGUACAGACAAAGGGGCACUCUCUGCUGUGGAUGUGCUGGUGUCUGAUCAGGGCGCCCUUCUCACUGAAGCUCUUGUUGCAGUCAGCACAGGCGAAGGGGCGGUUGCCUGUGUGGAUGCUCUGGUGUCUGAGGAGGUUGCCCUUGUGGCUGAAGCUCUUGCUGCACUCGGCACAGGCAAAGCCGGAUGCACUGGUGUGGAUGCGCUGGUGCUUGAUGAGAGAGCUCUUCUGGGCGAAGGUCUCGCCACAGCUGGUGCAGGCAAAGGCACGCUCUCCAGUGUGGAUGCGUUGGUGGGUGACCAGGUGUUGCUUCUGGCUGAAGCAGUGGUUACAGUGGCUGCAGGCAAAGGGGCGCUCGCCAGUGUGGACGGGCUGGUGCUUGCUCAGGCUGCUCUUCUGGCUGAAGCUCUUGCCGCAGUCAGCACAGGUGAAGGGUCGCUCACCCGUGUGGAUGCGCUGGUGCCUGACCAGGGAGCUCUUCUGGCUGAAGCUCUUGCCGCAGUCGGUGCAGCAGCGUCCGGGGGUGAAACUUCCCUCUCCUCCCAACUGGCACCGGCACCGGUGUUAGACCCCGAUUCGGCACCUCCUUUGCGAGAGAAGCGCGUUUUGCUGGCCUUGCCCAGCCGGGGAGGGCUCUGCCAUCCCAGUCCCCGAGAAGCUCUGCAUCCCCGGCGGGCGCGGAUCUCAGCGUUCCCUGGGCAGGAGGGAUCCCACCCCGCAGCCCGGCAGGGACUGCAGCCCCCAGACCCUCUGCGGGCAGCCCGGCAGGAGAUCCGGGCCGAGAUCUCGGAGCGAUGUCCCGACCGGGAGAAGCGCUGGGAUGGAGGGGAGAGGGCGGCCGCGGGCACGGGUGGGGAGCGGCCGGGCUUGGGCUGGCGGGGAGGUCCUUUUGCCGGCGGGCGGGAGGGGAGCCCCGAGAGAAGCGGCGCCAGAGCAGAGGCGGCCCCGCCCGGCGUCAUCCUCGGCGGAGGAACGGGGGCGGUGUCGGCCCCGCGGCGGAACUGCGGGCGGAGGGGGCGGCGGGAGGCGAGGGGAGGGCUCCGGCCGUGCUUCGGGCUGCAGAUGGCGGGGCCGUUCGAGGAGGUGGCCGUCUACUUCUCCCGCCAGGAGUGGGCAGAGCUGGCGGGCUGGCAGCGGCGGCUCUACCGGGAGGUGAUGCUGGACACCUACGGAAUGCUCGCCUCGCUGGGCUGGGACACCGUUAAGCCCGAGCUCAUCUGCAAGCUGGAGCGAGGAGAGACGCCGUGCGUUGCAGACCCCCCCGGGGAGCAGCGGAGGCACCGCAGCCCUGUGCCGGGCGGGUCCCGGGGGUCCGUGGCAGCGGUGGGUUGUUCCAUCAGCAGAAGCUGGGGGGACUCGUCCCAAAGCCAGCUCAGAGGGACCUCGGCGAACCACUCAGGACAACCUCAGCUCUCCCCCAUGAUACCCCCCCAGCCUUUGCAGAAGCUGCUCCCCACGUGUCCUGAGUGCAACAAGAGCUUCAGGACCCGGACUGCAUUGGCCAUCCACGAGCGGAGCCACACGGGCGAGCGCCCCUUCACCUGCCCUGAAUGCGGCAAGAACUUCAUCCAGAAACAACACCUGGUCAAACACCAGCUCAUCCACACCGGUGAGCGCCCCUUUGCCUGUGUUGACUGUGGUUACCAAUUCAGCCAAAAGCAACACCUGCUCACUCACCAGCGCAUCCACACCAAGGAACGCCCCUUCAUCUGUGCUGACUGCAACAAGAGCUUCAGGCAGAAGGGGUCCCUUAUCAAGCACCAGCGCAUCCACACGGGCGAACGCCCCUUCACUUGUCCCAACUGUGACCAGCGCUUCAGCCGGAAGCAGCAUCUGGUCAGUCACCAGCGCAUCCACACAGGUGAGCGACCCUUCACCUGCUCCGACUGCGGCAAGAGCUUCAGACGCAAGGGUGACCUUGUCAUCCACCAGCGCAUCCACACCGGUGAGCGUCCCUUUGCCUGCAACCACUGCAACCACUGCUUCAGCCAAAAGCAACACCUGGUCACUCACCAGCGCAUCCACACAGGUGAACGACCCUUCAUCUGCACUGACUGCGGGAGGAGCUUCAGAGAGAAGGGGGCUCUGAUCAAGCACCAGCGCAUCCACUCCACUGACCCCCUUCGCUGCUCCAACUGUGACAAGAACUUCAUCUGGAAGAGUGACCUCGUGAAUCACCGGUGUGUACACACUGCUGAGCGCUUCUUUGCCUGCGUCCACGGUUACCACCACUUCAGCCCUCACCUCCACUCUGGCCCAGCCCCCUGGUUGCUGGAGAAGACCCCCUCCAUGUUCCCUGAGUGCAAGAAGAGCUUUAGGAACCAGACUGCACUGGCCAUCCAUGAACAGAGCCACACGGGUGCGUGGCCCUUCACCUGCUCCAGGUGUAGCAAGAGCUUCCUCCAGAAAGACUCUCUGAUCAACCACCAGCGCAUCCACACAGAUGAGUGCCCCUUUGCCUUUAUUGACUGUGGGAAGAGCUUUAGCAACACCAUCUCUCUUCUCAAGUGUAAGUGAAUCCACAGUGGUGAGAAGCCCUUUUCCUGUGUCAACUGCAGCAAGAGCUUCAGCCAGAAGGGUGCCCUGAUCAAGCACCAGCGCAUCCACACCGGCGAGAAACCCUACAAGUGUGAUGAUUGCAGCGAGGCCUACAGCCAGAAGUCUGAUCUGAAGAAACACCAGCGGCUGCACCAGGGCCCACAGGGUGACUGCCUUGGCAGCCCGGUGGCCUCUGAAGCUGAUGCUGAGGGUCCCACGUGGACAGAUGCUGCUUUCUUUUUCCUAUUUGAGACUAAAUCUAAAGCUUCUUGGUGCUGAUGACAGGCAGUGAGCUUGGGGGGGAGGACAGAGACCUUCCAGUGAGACAGCUGCAAGAAAUGAUUUUGGGAUGAGGAGAGCAUGCUGGCCCACCAGUGAACCCCCAGCACCCCUAGCCUGCAGCCGCCUCCACAACCUGUCACCCCCAAACCUGCCACUGAGGGUCCUGCAGGGCACCGGGGACUCUGCUGCAGGGGUGGCUGCAGGGGGACACUCGGAGCCCCGACCUCUGGCUCCUCCAGAGCAGCUGCACAUGAGCUGGGAGCGAGCGGCGACCAUGGCUCCGUCCAACACUGCUACGGCUCGGGCUGCUGCCAGAGAAGCAUCCUCACCGGCACGGUGUGGAUCCUCCUGAGAUGGGGACCCUAUUGCCUAAAGAGAUAAAGCUGUGACAGCAGCCGAGGGAUGCCCUGCCUUUGAGUGACGAGGAUCAGCACGGACCCCCCUGGCUUUCUGAGCUUCUCCAGGGGAGCCUGGGAGCCGCUGGAUCCGUCCCGCGUCCCGGACUUGGUCACCGGUUCAUGCCUUAGGGAUUCUGCGGCUGAGUUGGCAACCAGUCCGAGUUGGUUUGACCCGGGAGAGUCCCCUCAGAGCGACCAAGGCUGGGAUCGCUGUUGAUAAAUUCACAGGGGAAGGGCUGAGAGAGGUUUAACAAAGAUGGAACAAACUUGUAACAAAAAAGUAACCAAUUGUAAUAAAGACUUGUAACAAAGUUGUAACACAAAUGUAUCAAAGCUGUAGCAAAAAUGUAUCAAAGCUGUAGCAGCUGAAGCUGCAGUUGGGGUUAUUUUUCCCCCAGAAGGUCCAACAAAGGCAGAGGCGACUGAGCAAAAAGGCCUCCCUUCCUCCGGGGGAAGAGAAGCGCAGCCCAUCGCCCCCUCCGUCGGGUCAGGGGGUUCUUUAAUUCCUCCUCCCCAACAAAACGGGGUCCGGGGGCCAAUUUUGCCUCUUGCAAACUCCUGGGUGCUUCUUGGCGAGGUGGGACUGAGUCCCUCAGUGAGUGUCGAGUGGCCCUUGGCACGGCCGCUCGUGUCCUCCGAAGCGGGGACUCGGGGUUCAUCACACCCUGAGCUUGGGGAGCUCAGCCCGGGCUUUCAGGGCUGUUUCUGCUCUGAACUCAAACAAGCCCAGGCUGUGAGGCCUCCGUCCCACCCCAGGGGUCCCUCAGCUCAUUUGAGCCUUAGACCCCCACCAAACCCUCUGUCCCACAAGAUGAAGCUGUUCAAGCCAAACCCGUCCCUUUUGCAGCCCCAGGGACUUUGGGGUUUGCCCCAAGACUUGGCUGGUUGCAAAAUGCAUUUUCUUCUGCCUGUGUCCUCUUGGUUGCAACAAUGAUUGAGUGUGGUUAAAAGCCCUUGUGGGACACAGACUGGGAACAGCUGGAGUGUGUUCUGACUUAGCUCAAAGGGGCUGAUCUGCUAUCAGCCCAUGAGAGCAUCUCCAGGUGGGAUCAGGCAGGGCAGGUGC